AUGAAAGAGGCGGGCCGGUUGAUUGCUUCCAAGAUCGAGUUGUUCAAGAAAUUAACUCAUACCCGCCAGAUUGCCUGCAUUCUUGUUGCGUGCAUGCCGGUGACAUCCGUUGAGUGCGUGCGAAAGUCAAUUUCAGCCAGAAAAGUUGGUGUUGGUUUUCCGCGCAUAUUGCACGGCAUGUCUAGGCCGAGCAAGUCAACUGCCGGUCUUCAUCAAGCCACACGAGCUUUUUUUGACAUUCAACAGACCUCCAACACUUCCUAUCGCUUCUUCCUCUUCUUCAGAGGUCGAUGCAUGGCAUGCAUCGGUAACCGCAACAACGGACAGCAAACAAUGUACUGGGACCGCGUCGCCCCUGGGAAAAUGCAACAGAGUACUGUGGACUAUCCCCUGAUUGGCGUCUCACUUUCUGCGCCGGUCCCAGCUGGCUCUUCAUCUGAGGCAGGAAAUAGCGGCCCACAUCUACAGCUAGCUCUCUUGACUUCGGACGAACUCGCCCGCCCUGCUUCAGCGCUCACGGACAAGCUCGCAAAGCUUGGCACCCCUGGACAGGCACUACCACACAACAUAGCACUGCCAUACUCGGAAUCCUCAAAACAAAGCCUUCGCCUGGCUCUCAACGAGCAUCGCUACGCCAAGCAUAUGCUUCAUAUUCAGCCCUUUGUGCUUGGCGACCAAUACGCUUUUGUCAUUCCCUCCGAUCGCACAGGGGAGAUCCUUGGGGACCUGGAGCGACCUGACGUCGCUCACGUCGGUUUGGUAACAGUUCGAAAGCAUCGACAAGAUCAGAUCGUUUUCAAUGGCUUUUUGCGCUUGGACGGGGUUGAAAAUCGCAACUUCCUCCAUCAAAGUAUUCUAGGUGCAGACGGCUUUCCAAAUGGCGUUCCCAUUUCGCGCAGCCUCCAUUCGCUCCUUCAUGGCGUCUGA